AUGGUCAUCUCUAUUCCGCUAAAUACAGCAAUUGCACGGAUGCUAAAGAAGAUGCAGGAGCAACAAAUGAAGAACCGCGAUCUUUGGGCCCAUAUUAUUGUCGAGCUUUAUGAAUAUGCAUUCAUCCGCCACGUUCUGCACGUGCGCAAUGAUCUAGAGCUGAAGAUGUUGAAGAAAAUUGGUAUCGUAACGCCGGCGUCAUCUUCCCUGCGAUCUCACUGUUUAUGCUUCCUGCACGCUGAGGAGCUGCAGCAGAAUGCCCUCUUGAAGGUGCAGAAAAGCAGUCUGGACGUCGGUGAUGAGACAAGAUAUAUCAGCUGCUCUGGAAGAUAUAAACUUGACGGUACACAAGGGGAACUCGUGGGUGUAAUUGAUAGUGUGGGCAGCGGGAAGAGUAGCUUGUUGUCAGCGAUUAUCGGGGACGUGCGAAAGACAGAGGGUGAUAUACUUUUUUCGCAUGAGUACGAUGAGGCGUUCUAUAACCUUGUUAUCAAAGCUUGUACUUUAAAGCCCGACUUAAAUCUUCUCCCACAGGGUGAUCUGACGGAGGUCGGUGAAAAGGCCAUUACUAUCAUGGGUCCUCAAGGCUUACUCGCAACCAAAGUGCGCAUUCUUGUCACUAACGACAUUCCGUAUCUCAAGUGUUUCGAUCAACUUGUUUACCUGCGCCGCGGUAUGAUCUUGGAGAGUGGCUCGUACAAGAGUGUAUCGCGUAGAGAAAGUUUCAAAAAAGCCGUUCUCGCUACGCCGCCCAAGCUGCGCGACGCGCCUUCCGAUGGCAUCACUAAAGAUCACAGUGAACAGGGCCGCGUCAAGAUGGAAGUGUACUCGCGGUACCUCCAAGCAGCAUCGAGAAAAGGGUUCCUGUUCUUUGUAAUCGCUACGGCUCUGCAGCAGGUGCAUGACCGCGAGAUGGGUACCAACCCGGGAUUGGCUGACCAGUAUUUCCUGGGAUACGGCGCAUCUGCUGCGCUUCUGAUUUGGGUUUUCUGCUUGCUUCGGAGCUCAAAGCACCCCCAUGAUUCGUCAUGCGUGCGCCCCUCGACUUUUUUGAAACAACACCGACAGGACGUAUCAUUGAACUUGUUUUCUCGUGAUACUACUUCCAUCAACCGAUGGCUUGCAGUAAGAUUGGAGUUUGUUGGAGCAGUGAUUAUCCUCGUCACGCCUGUUUUGGCUGUCUCUGCCGUGGUGACCAGCGACGUUUAUGCAGGGUUGAUCGGUCUAGUUCUGUCAUACGCUUUGAACGCAACAGGUUCACUGGCAUUGGUAACCAAGCGGCCGCAGAACCGGUUCGUCCGCUCCGCAAGUGAAGUAGAACAGAAUGUCGUUAGCGUCGAGCGUAUCGUCCAUUACGCGAAAGACCUUGAGCCAGAAGCUCCUUAUGAGAUCCCUGAGAAUAAGCCCACCUCUGGGUGGCCCACAGCUGGGGAAGUUGAAUUCCGGGAAUACUCAGCACGGUAUCGGCCCGGGCUUGAUCUAGUCCUCAAGGAUAUUUCCAUGACCGCACUUCUUCUUACCCUCUUCCGGAUCAUUGAGCCUGCAUCUGGAGCUAUUUUCAUUGACGACGUAGACAUUGCCAAACUUGGCCUGCAUGACUUGCGGUCCGCGAUAUCCAUCGUUCCUCAAAACCCAGAUUUAUUUGAGGGCACAUUGCGAGAGAACAUUGACCCCGUUGGCGAGCACCAGGAUGUUGAUAUACGGACUGUUCUGGAGCACGCCCAUCUGAAGGCAUAUGUCGAAUCACUUCCUGGGGCACUAGAUGCUCCAGUCCAGGAGGCCGGAUCGUCGCUUUCAGCAGGUCAGAGACAGCCCUUGCGUUUUGCGAGGGCGCUCUUGCGCAAGACUAAAGUGCUCAUCCUCGAUGAAGCAACAUCUGCAGUCGAUCUAGAUACCGACCGAGCGAUUCAAGAGACUAUUCGGGGUCCAAUCUUCCGCGAUGUGACCAUUCUAACCAUCGCGUAUGCGCGCGGAGUCAUCAUACUCAUUAUUAACCGUCGUGCGCCGCAUCCAACGCAUCGAAUGCGAGGCCGAAGCAGACUGCUACCCUAUGUACGGGCCUUGCACAAAGAUCCAGAUGAAUCUGUCGACGCAUCCCGUACCCUUUUCCGUGUCCGUUUCUUCGAUGAAACAGAUCAACCACGGGAUAACUUUAUCCGAUCCACCAGCUUAACGUCCGACAUUACCAUCUUUGUCACCCGACACCCCGCUACUAUACGCGCCUCCUUGGCUCCCCAUAUCUCCCUUCGAAUCCUCUUUAACUCAUUGCUCUUCAUAUCCACCCAUACGGCGUCUAUCGUCGAUCAGCUCUCCGUGUCUCUAAGGAAGACGUCCACUAAUCCAACUGCGGCGGUUGGUUCUGUUCCUCUCUUGACGGCUGCCCAACGUGAACGCUUGCCCAGCACAACAGUGAAUUUGCAUUGGGAUAAAUAG